AUGUCGGGGACGAUCGCUUCCUGCCCGUCGCUCGCCUUCCAUUUCUGCCUUUCACGAAAAGGCCCCGAGCGGAGCGACGAAGCCACCGACCCGGGUGUCCCCGAGGAGAACUGGGAAUGCAUCCAGCAGUUCUGCGCGCAGCUGAACGCGGACGCGGAGGGCCCACCGCUGGCAGCGCGGCUGCUGGCGCACAAGAUACAGUCGCCCCAGGAGGUGGAAGCUCUCCAUGCGCUGACAGUGCUGGAGACGUGCGUGAAUAACUGCGGUGAGAAAUUUCACAAUGAAAUAGCAAAGUUCCGGUUUCUGAAUGAGCUGAUUAAAGUGCUCUCCCCAAAGUACUAUGGAACGUGGUCUUCAGAAAAAGUCAAGUCCAGAGUGACAGAAAUAAUAUUCAGUUGGACAGUUUGGUUUCCUCAGGAAGUUAAAAUCCGGGAUGCUUAUCAGAUGUUGAAGAAGCAAGGGAUUGUAAAAGAAGACCCCAAAUUGCCAGAAGACAAAAUCUUACCUCCCCCUUCUCCAAGACCUCAGAACUCCAUCUUUGACACCGAUGAAGAGAAAUCCAAGCUCCUAGCAAGACUGUUGAAGAGCAGCCAUGCUGAGGACCUGCAGGCUGCCAACCGGUUGAUCAAGAGCAUGAUCAAGGAGGAACAAGAAAAGUCAGCUAAGGUGUCCAGAAGAGUGAAUACAAUCAGCGAAGUUUCUGAAAAUGUUAAACGAAUGGAUGAAUUGCUGGAAGGGUAUAAGAAACAGGAAUUGCCCAAAUCUGACCAUGAAACGCUCCAGAGCCUAUUCCAGCGCUGUGAGAAGCUCAGACCGCUGCUCUUCCGCCUGGCCAGUGAGACAGUUGAUGAUGACGAGGCUUUAGCUGAGCUGCUACAGGCCAACGACAGGCUCACGCAGGUGCUGGGGCGGUACAGGCAGACUGUAGGCAGUCAUGAGGACGGUGGGGGAGGAUGUUCAGCCAGCAGCUCCUCUGAUGCACCAGCACACUGGACGCCCCCGAGGCGCAUGAAGAGCUAUACACUCAUCGACUUCUCUGAGCUGGAGGCCAUGGCCCAGUCUCCUGCAGACCAGUUUUCAGACAACACCUCUGCCUCGCGACACAGCAGCACCACCUCUGCUUGUCUGCUGGAGGAGGAGCUGAAGUCAUUAGAUCUCAGUGACUCUCUGGUUUUACAGAAACCUCCACCUGACCUUGGCUUAUCAGAGGCUGCUGUACUCAAUGGAUGUAGUAAAAAUGUAAGUGCUUUUGAACCACUGGAACUGGAGGAAAGCUGGGGAGGCAGCUGCUCAGAGAAGAAUGAAUUUCGGGGCUUCGAUCAGCUCUCUCCACCUCCCAGGACCAAGAUAUUAUCCUUGGAUUUAUCACCAAUGAAAUUGCCCUUUCCAGAUCUUCCAAAUAGCUCAAUGGCAGAUCCUUCAUUCUCCAGCCUAGGCUACGAGCUGAAGCCUGCUGCCUCUUUGCAUCCAGCUUCCAAUGAUGCUUCUCUAGCAAACCUUUUUGUCCCUUUAAUUUCAAUUACACUGAGUAGUAUCUGUCCACUUACAGUGUAUGACAGAGAUGGUUUCAAAGCUAUGCUCCACUUCUCCAGAGACCCAGCUCCUGGCCGACCAGAUGUGCUGGUGAUGGUUCUCUCCAUGCUGAGCACCUCAGCUCAGCCAAUUAAGGACAUUGUGUUUCAGGCUGCAGUCCCAAAGACCAUGAAAAUAAAGUUGCAACCAGCAUCCGGUUCUGAGCUCCCAGCCUUCAGCCCGCUGCUUCCCCCAGCGGUGGUGUCUCAGGUCCUGCUGCUUGCCAAUCCACACAAAGCUCCCGUCCGUUUAAAGUACAAGCUGGAGUUCAAGCACGGCGAGCAGCCCGUCAGCGAAGUGGGAGAGGUGACCGGCUUCCCAGGGGCGGAGCUGUGGGGCAGCUGA